AAAUUACAACAUUUACAAUUAAAUAUACAAAUAUCGACCACAUGAGCGACAAUUUCAUUCAUAAUAAUACUAAUACAAAGUUAAAAAUAAGAUGGCAUCAAAUGGGCCUUUUGCACAGUUUAAGUCGAGACUGUGUCAAUAUUCCAUAGCUUGUACAGUUAAUUUGGCGGCCCUUUCUAUUUCUAUAAGCCACAUAUGGCCAAUUUUUGCCAUACAUGAUUUAGAUAGUGGUAGUUACGGUUACAAAUUAAAACAUACUGAAAUUUCAUGGUUACUGUUCGCAUAUUCAGUAGUUUCUGCGAUAGGCACCGUCCUAGCGGCUUUGAUUAUAAAUCAGAUCGGAAGGAAGAAUCUAAUUUUAAUGACCGCAACGCCAUUGACUGUAUCCUGGAUCUUAUUAGCGACAGGCAAUAACAAAAUUUACGUGUUCAUCGCUACAGCCAUAGCGGCCGUUAUGAGCGGAGCUCUUUUCACAGCAGUGCCGGUUUAUUUGGCGGAAAUAGCAGAGGCGAAGAUUAGAGGAUUCCUCGUCGGUACUUUCGCAGCGACUCAAAGUUACGGGACGAUUUUAGUGACGCUUCUUCUGCCUUACGCGACCACAGACUCAUCAAUGUUAGCCUAUAUUUCGUCUACUUUUACUGUAAUUAUGGCGGUGCUAUUAGUUUUUCUCCCGGAGAGCCCGUAUCAAUUCAUGUUGCACGGAAACCACGCUUUGGCCGUGAAUAACCUAUCGAAGCUACGAAGAAAACGCGAUGUGACCGAAGAAAUGGAUCGAAUCAGGCAAGGGAUGGAACAAGACGGCAGACAAAGAAGCAUCAUAUACUUAUUCAAAAAUAGAACGUAUUUGAAAUGUUUGCUCAUAUCGCUGUUGGUCGUUCUAACGCAAGUUCUAAGCGGAUCGAUGGAAGCUUUCUCUUACAGUGUCAUGGCCUUUCAGGAUGCAAGCUCUUGGAGUAACUACUCGAGAAUAGUGAUACUUGUUUUUACUGUAAUUCUAUACCUAACUCCAUUAUUCACGUUGUUUCUAUCAGAUCGUGUGGGCAGAAGACCUUUACUACUACUUGCUGUAGGUACGAUUGCUAUUAGCCAGUUACCGAAUGGAAUAAUUUUACUAAUAAAAGAUUAUUUCGUCGAUGAGCAUAGUGCAAUACUGGAGUACCUGCAAUUAGUACCGCUUUACACUUGCUCCAUUGCGUAUUACGGUGUGGUGAAUAUGAUACGCAUGAUAUUAACUGCCGAAAUAUUUCCCUCUAAUAUAAUAGGAGCCGCCUUGUGCAUGAUAAAUUCAUUCUCAAUUAUCGCUUUUGUUUUGUUCAGUUUUUUAAAAAGUUUCUUGGUGUACUGGUUAGGAAUGUAUGUUGUGUUUUUUAUUGGUUCUCUUAGCUCCUUCGUCGGGUUCUGUUUGUUGUUCAAAUUCCUGCCGGAGACAAAGUUAAAAACGAUGGAGAAAAUUCAAGAAGAAUUAAGAUGUUGUAGGAGAAAUGUCGGUUAUGUAAUACGUGGAAAAGUGGAAGAGGUCGAAAGUAAUUUCUAAAAAUUAUGUAUUUUAGUAUUAAAUUAUUGCUGUUUCAUUUUCUUGUUUCUUCUGAUUGUAGCCUUAAGUACAAAUUUCAGAAACAAUGUUAACAACAUAGCGACUACAAUUAAUU